AUGAAGGAUGCAACAGUUCCAGAGCUGUUGGAUGUUGCGCCGGCCGCUACAGCCUGCAGCAGGGAUGAAGCCAAUGCUGGAUUGGGUGAAGUAGUUGUGGUUGGUGCAAUAUCUGGGGGAGGAGUUAGAGGGAAUAAGGGGUUGCCCCGUGCAUACGGGCAUUUACUGGGGGCCAGCACAGAGGCAUUCUUCUCAUUGAAGUGUGAUGGCGUGUCGGGAAAACAGUGCACGUUGAUCGAUCUCUAUCACUAUUCACAGAGUUCGUCUUCGAGUGAGAUAACCGAGACUACAUCGUCUGACGAAACAAGUAGCUCGAAAUCUGACACGAAGACGAGACACAAACAAUCUGCGAAAAAACGCAGGAAAAGAACCAAGGAACAAUCGAAAGAACGGAGGAACAACCGAAAGAACGGAGGAACAAUCAAAAAGAACCCAGAGAACCAGGAACAGGCUGGAUGA